AUGUCAAUUUUAAUGUUUAUAUUGUUUGGAUUAUUAUCGAUUAAUUUAAUUAUAUAUGUUGAAUCAAGUGAAAUAAAUCGUACAUAUCUUAUUAAAAAAGAUUUUCUUAGUGGUAUUAAAGGAGGAGAAUUUAGUAUAUAUGAUAGUCAAGGAAAAACUCGUCUUUAUCGUAUGGAAUCAAAAUUUGGUAUAACUCAUGAUGUUCGAUUAUUUACUUAUCCAUCAAAAAAAUUAUUAGCAAGAUUAAAAGCUAAAGUAACACCAGUUAUGUAUAAAGCAACAAUAACGAUUUAUAAUAAUGAUAAUGAUCAAUGGACAAAUGGAACAAUUGAACAAAAUUUUAAAUUAGUUGGAAAUAAAUUUACUAUUAUAUGGAAUGAUGAUAAUAGAAUAUUAAUGGAAGCUACACCUGCUUCAUUAAAUACAGUAUUUAUUGAACAACCUUUAGGAAAUGUUGUGGCUAAAUUUCGAAAACGAAUUAGUUCAUUAUUUUGGAGAAAUAAAUAUGAUUUACAAAUAUUAUCAAAUACAUAUCCCGAUGCACUUUACUUUUUAGGAGUAGCAGCAAGAGAUCAUAGUAAUUUAAAACUUCAUCGAGGUUAA